GCCCCCCCGCCAAUAAUGCCAGGCCUCCCCCAGCCCUCACCCUAUCUGUUUCCGCCUUCCCAAGUACUUCUUUGUCCAAAUUCUCUCCUAGGAUUACGUGGUCGACCCUCUCUCGGAAUCCCUCCAAGUGCCCCUUUUAUACGUCUUCUCUUGUGGCUAAUCCCUCCACAAAAUCUCGCUGUUCUCAUUCUACGCUUAAUGGCGCGACGAGAGGGCGCCCUAACUCCACCUCGCUCCGUAUGAUGGUUGCUGUUUCUAUUAUAUAAUUACCGUUUCCAUUAAUUUCUUUCGGGUAAGAUGCGGUGAGGGAUGACGACGGGACGCGAGGCGCAUGAUGGAGCACCAGCAGCAGCGUGCGGCGGGGACGCACCUGCGCCACCGACGGCGGCCGCCGCCGCCGGCGUCGUCAUCGAGGUGCGCUCCGCCGAGAGCGAGUGCUCCGGCGGGGAGCUGAAGGAUUGCAGGGAGGAAGGAGGUAAGGUCGGUGGGGAGCAGGAGGGGAAGGGGGAGACGGGGGUUUCGGGGACGGAGAAGGCCGCCGUUGUGGUGGUCGACGUGAGCGCCGCCGGGGGCGGGGGAUGGAAUGCGGAGGCGGAGAAGGUGUGCCGGAUCUGCCAUCUGAGCCCCGAUCGCGAGGAUUUGGAGGGCUCGGAGCUGAUCCAGAUCGGGUGCCGGUGCAAGGGCGAGCUUGGGACGGCGCACCGGCGCUGCGCUGAGGCCUGGUUUAAGGUGAAGGGCAACAGCUCUGAUCAUGGUGCAGGUGUUGUGAAAUUUGUGGUGCAUACGCAAAAAACAUCAUUGGUGAGGAAGACAACAGUUUCAUGGAAACAUGGCAUGAGAGGAGAAUGUUGGGCAACAACAGCAACAGGAGCUCAUCAGAGAGUUCCAGUUGUUUGAGGGGUCAACCAUUCUGUAAUUUCUUGAUGGCAUGCCUAGUAAUAGCUUUCAUACUUCCAUGGUUUUUCCGUGUAAAUAUAUUUUGACGUAGCUCCUACCUCUUUGUUGUUUGGUCGUGUGAUUGGAAUGUUGAAGUUUUUUUAGACGUGGCUAUUUACCUAGAGAAGGAGGAAUAGAUAGUUGAGAUCAUUUAAGUAUUUAGUCAGUUAUGCGUUUGGUCAUACAAAGAAUCUUCAUGGGGAAACUGCCACAUAGAAAUCAGUAUGGUGUUUAAAUUUUUAUUAAAAACACUGUGAAUCUCUUUAGAAAAGGGAACAGAACUGCGUGAAGUAUCAUUUCUGGUAUGCUGAGAGAUAUUCAAGAUAGCUAAUAUGUAAUCAAGUUUGAUUUGUUGAUUGUUUUCUGUUUUUUGAGGAUGAACAAUGUUCGUGUUUAUGAUUGGAUGUAAAUUAGCAAAUUUUAAUCCUGCUA